AAGCCCCUCUCCCUCUCUACUUUCUCGCUGUCUCUCAACUCUCAUCCCCGAGAGACAAACAUUUUUGGGCCAAUGUUAUCUUUUUCCUUCAUGACCCUUGACUAUUCUUCGCAUAAGUCUAAGUCUGCCUUAGUCUCCUCCUCCUCCUUUAUAUGCAUAAUAUUAUCUCUUCACUAUUUCUAGCAACUCAUGCUUGAACAAAGGCAUGGCUACCUUUUCUUUCUUUGCUUCACUUUUGAUCUCAAUAUUUUUAGUACAUUUGUGUUUGUACCAUGGGGUUGAAAGUGUUGAUGAUCAAUUGAUCAGCACACAUAGAGAAGCCUUGGAAAUCAUUAUAGGUGGAGGAGGUGUAAAUUCUCCUCCUGCCCCUCCUCCUGAAUAUGAAGAGUGCCCUCCUCCUCCUCCCCCUCCAUGCCCUCCAUCACCGUCACCAUCACCGCCAACUCCACCACCAUCACUGCCACCAUCACCGCCACCAUCACCGCCACCAUCACCGCCAACUCCACCACCAUCACUGCCACCAUCACCGCCACCACUGCCACCAUCACCGCCACCAUCACCGCCACCACUGCCACCAUCACCGCCACCACUGCCACCGCCAAAACGAAAAUCCCCGCCACGGCCACCGCCAAAACGAAAAUCGCGGCCACCACCAACACCACCUGCCCCAUACCCGUUUGAGAGCCAGCGAAUUGAACUUGCCUACCAUGUGUUUCAAAAUUUCCGUCCCUUAAUCACGUCUGACCCGAAACACAUCGCAAAGUCAUGGCAGGGUCCUCAUGUUUGCAAGUACAAGGGCGUUGUCUGCGCUAUGCAUCCUACCUACAAGCAGAAAGCAGUUGCUGGUUUAGACAUCAAUGGCGCUCUGUUUGGCGGUGAUAAUGCUAAACUCCCCCUGGAUGGCUUCCUUGACAAGUUAGAGGACUUGGCUUUCUUCCAUGCAAACUCCAACAAUUUCACAGGCUCAGUCCCAAAAGACGUUUCCAAACUAAAAUUCUUCUACGAGCUUGACCUCAGCAACAACAAGCUAAUCGGAGGCUUCCCUAAUGAAGUUCUUGCGGCCACAAAUUUGACAUUUUUGGACCUCCGGUUCAACUACUUCGCCGGUUCAGUCACACCGGAAGUCUUCAAACUAGAUGUUGAUGUGCUCUUCCUCAACAACAACAAUUUCAAUCAGAAGAUUCCUGACAAUCUUGGUUCCUCACCAGCCCAUUACUUCACUUUUGCUAACAACAAGUUCACUGGUCCAAUCCCAAGAAGCAUUGGCCAAGCAUGCAAAACCCUUUAUGAGGUUCUCUUCCUUGGGAACAAACUUACAGGGUGCCUGCCGUAUGAAAUUGGGUACUUAAACCAGGCCACGGUGUUCGAUGUGAGCUCGAACUUAUUAACAGGCCCAAUACCACAUUCAUUCAGCUGCUUGGCCAAGAUUGAGUAUCUAAACUUGGCCAGCAACAGGUUCUAUGGGCCAGUGCCAGAGCAGGUCUGCACCUUGUCUAAUCUGGGGAACUUUUCCUUGGCCAACAACUAUUUCACAGAGGUCGGCCCAGAGUGCAGGAAAUUGAUGAAGAAGAAGCUUCUUGAUGUUAGGCAGAAUUGCAUUUUGGGCGAACCAAACCAGAAAACAAAGGCUCAAUGUAAUGCCUUCUUCUCCAAGCCUAGAAAGUGCCCCAACGAGAAGGAAAUGACCUACGUGCCUUGUAAAAGAUACUUGCGUUCAAAUGAGAAGAAGCCUGAGCAUCAGAAACAAGCUUCUGCCCCAUUGUCUUAUGGCAGUCUUGUGCGACACAGGCUUUGAUUGAUUCAUGCUGGAAUUGGGCUCGUGGAAGAUGAUGAGCUAGAUGGGUCCUUUGUUAAUUUAUGCAUAUAUAUAUUUGUAUAUUUUCUUUCUUAAUGAUUUUACGGAGCAAUGUAAUAACCUGCUUUGUAGCCCUAAUUUAAGCAUGCAAGUUUAUAGAAUAACGAGGUUACUACUUGUUCUGAAUUU